CAAGAUCUGGUGUCGGGACCGUGUGUGUGAGCCGAGCACGCCCCCGCUGGGCUGGGUCUGCGGCCGGGAGCUCAGGCGGCGGCGGUUAAUGAUUAAUCGCUGACCACCCCGCCUCCAGCCGUUCGGGAGCGUGCGCUCCCGGAGGGUGGGUUUGGCGCGCCAGGGCCAGGCAGCCGGGAGGGGAGCGCCCGGGACAGAGAAGGGAAGGGCCUGCGCGCUGGGGCCUGCGGGCUGACUGGCUGCAGCGAGAUUGGAACCUCCUUCCUCCGCGCUCUCCCCGCCUCGCCCAGACACACCCCCCCCCAAACCCCACCCUCGGCCGCCUCCAGCCUCGGCUAGGUUGGGCUGCUCCGGGAAGUUUCCGUGAAAGCGCCCGAAAGCCUGUUACCUUUUCCAGGUGAGCUGGAAAAAGCCCUGCACCCACGCUAGUGAGUUGCGGCCGAGAACUUCGGGCCGCGCGGGGAGGAGGAAGGGGAGUUCAGAAGGUCUUUGGACGCCGCGGCCUGGCCGGCUGUCUUCCUCAUGGCUUCGCCCAGCCGUCCUGGCAGUGACUGCUCCCAUGUCAUCGAUCACAGCCACGUUCCCGGGUUCGAGGUGGCCUCCUGGAUCAAAAUCACCCUCAUCCUGGUGUACCUGGCCAUCUUCGUGGUGGGCAUCCUGGGGAAUAGCGUCACCAUUCGGGUCACCCAGGUGCUGCAGAAGAAGGGCUACCUGCAGAAGGAGGUGACGGAUCACAUGGUGAGCCUGGCUUGCUCCGACAUCCUGGUCUUCCUCGUCGGCAUGCCCGUGGAGUUCUACAGCAUCAUCUGGAAUCCCCUGACCAAGCCCAGCUACACCGUGCCCUGCAAGCUUCACACGUUCCUCUUCGAGGCCUGCAGCUACGCCACGCUGCUGCACGUGCUGACGCUCAGCUUCGAGCGCUACAUCGCCAUCUGCCACCCCUUCCGGUACAAGGCCAUGUCGGGGCCCUGCCACGUGAAGCUGCUGAUUGCCUUCGUCUGGGUCACCUCCGCCCUGGUGGCGUUGCCUUUGCUUUUUGCCAUGGGAGUCGAGUACCCCUUGGUGAACGUGCCCAGUCACCGCGGUCUCACGUGCAACCGCUCCCGUACCCGCCACCACGAGCAGCCGGAGAGCUCCAACAUGUCCAUCUGCACCAACCUGUCCAGCCGCUGGACCGUGUUCCAGUCCAGCAUCUUCGGUGCCUUCGUCAUCUACCUCGUGGUCCUGUUCUCCGUGGCCUUCAUGUGCUGGAGUAUGAUGCGGGCGCUCACGAGGAGUAAGCAGGGCACGCUGGCCGCCCAGGGGCAGCAGCUGCAGGGCAGGAAGUCGGAGAGCGAGGAGAGCAGGAGCGCCCGGAGGCAGACCAUCAUCUUCCUGAGGCUGAUCGUUGUGACGUUGGCCGUCUGCUGGAUGCCUAACCAGGUUCGGAGGAUCAUGGCUGCGGCCAAACCCAAGCACGACUGGACCAAGUCCUACUUCCAGGCGUACAUGAUCCUGCUCCCCUUCUCGGACACCUUCUUCUACCUGAGCUCGGUCGUCAACCCGCUGCUGUACAACGUGUCCUCGCAGCAGUUCCGCAGCGUGUUCGGGCAGGUGCUGCGCUGCCGGCUGACGCUGCCGCAUGCCAACCAGGAGAAGCGGCUGCGCGCCCACGUGGCCUCCACCGUGGAUAGCGCCCGCUUAGCGCGCCGCCCCCUCAUCUUCCUGGCUUCCCGGCCCAAUGCCUCUGCAAGGAGAACUGACAAGGUUUUCUUAAGCACUCUUCAGAGCGAGGCCAAGCCCGACUCUAAGCCUCAGCAGGUGAGUCGUGAGUCACCGGAUCGCAACUCAGAGGUGACACCUGCCAACCCUGCCACCGAAAAUGGUUUCCAGGAGCAUGAAGUGUGACUGUGUCAGUCAAGGAAGGAAGGAAAGCUGGAGCGCCAACGGGCCCUCCCCACACGGAAGCGACAGUUACCUUCAUGCAGCAGUGACAACAGACUGUGCCCCCAUCAUCAGGGACAGGAGUGGAAGAUGACAGGGGCCUGGGGAAAAAAACAGAUGGCCACUUAAAAGUGUCACUCACUUACUUACGUAAGGGCUAAUGCUGCUGCCAACCUGGCCUCAACUCUGGCCCACGUGUAUCCAUUCCUCCUCCUUCCUUCCAUUAAGGACACGCGGAAAAUUCAGUCAGUCAAACUGAACGUAUCCAGAGCUCACAAAGUUUCGUUUUGACACUGAGCUCUUUCAUUAUUUGCAAAGGAACUGAAAGAAAGAGAGCACGGAUUCCCCUCGCGACCCGGAAUAAAAGGACACCCAGAAAAAAAAAAUCUCAGGAGGGC